AUGCGGUACAUGGAUGAUGAGGCAUUUAGGUCAAAGACUAGAGAAGCCAGUAAAGAAAGGUAUCUGAGGAACGAAAAUUACAAGGCAAAUUUAAAACAGAAGAGCAUUGAAAAGUACAAGACAGACGAAUCUCACAGAGAGGACGUGAAACGUAUGAGUUUACUGAAAUACAAAUUAGAUAGCACGCACAGAGAAAAUGUUAAAAGAAGAAGUACAGAAAAGUAUAAGUUACAAGAAGACCACAGACAAAAUCUUAAAGAUGCAAGCAAAGCAAGUUACAAUUUGAACUCAGAGGCUAAGCGACUAAAGCAAGAAAACGUUUCGAAGAAUAGACAAGAACGGAUUGACAAGCUGAAGGUUGACUGCGAAGUAAUGAACUUAUUUAAAAACAUCGUCAAACAAGGACCAGAGUACACAUGUUGUUGUUGUCAUCGUUUGAUGUUUGAAAAUCAAGUUCGUGGAUGUUCACAUGAAAUGUAUUCAGUAAAACAACAGGCAAAGAAUGUGGCAGAUCAGUGUUUAGAUCGCAAAUAUGUUCACCAGUGUGGCGUGUCGUGUCCAGACUACUGUCAAAAAUCUUCAAUGUGGGUGUGUUUUACAUGUCACAGAAAAAUUAUGAGUGGAAAAAUCCCACAAGAGUCUGCAGCUAAUAAAAUGUUAGUGGAGAAAAUUCCACCAGAGCUCAGUAAUUUAAAUUCCCUAGAACAGCACCUCAUAGCUUUACACAUUCCUUUCAUGAAAGUCAUGGCUCUUCCACAAGGUGGUCAAAAAAAUGUGCACGGACCUGUAGUGUGCGUUCCAUCAAAUAUAAAGAAAACAACCAGUUUGCCACUGAACGUUGAUGAGAAUCUUUUACUGAGGGUAAAACUCAAACGCAAGUUAUCAUACAAAGGCUACUUCGAAUACCAAUUUGUAAGUCCGCGACACGUAAAGACUGCUCUUGAAUUUUUGAAACAAAACAAUAAAUGGUACCAAGACUUUUCUUUUAACAGUAAUUGGACUGAUAAUGACGAUCAUUGUCUGUUGAGUGAUACUGUAGAAAGUGAUGAAAGCAAUCAGGAAAUGUCAGAUAUUGAGAAAAAUCACAACCAGGAAGUCGCAACUGACACAUGUUUACAACCUAUGGACAUUGCACAAGAAGUCCUUGAUCAUUAUUUUGAUGAUGUCUAUAAUAUUGCGCCAGGUGAAGGACAAAACCCUGUAAGAAUGUUACAAGAAGAUGGAAAUGAAGCGAAGUCAUUCCCACAUUUAUUUCCAUCUGGCAGAUUCUCAUGGAAUGAAGAACGAGAUGAAAGAAUAACGCUUUCCAGAUAUUUCAAUAACAGACUUAUGAACGCAGACAAUAGAUUCGCAAAGGACACAAAUUAUAUAUUUUUUGCGCAAUUUAUGUCAGAGCUAAAUCAGGUGAUUGAAAAAACUCAGAUAUCAAUACGGAAGUCUUUAUCCAAAAGUAACGAUGGAAAGUUGGUGACAUCAGACAUGCUACAAGACCCGAACGUGCUUUAUAAACUUCUCAGAAAUGACGAAGCCUUGCGAUUUAUGCAACCAAUAAGAGGAACACCUGCGUAUUGGUCAGCAACACAGAAAGAUCUUUUUGCAAUGUUGCGACAGUUAGGAAUCCCUACAUGGUUUUGCUCUUUUUCUGCCGCUGAAUUCAGAUGGAAUGAAAUAGUCGGUUGUAUUUUGCAUCAAGAGGAUACUGAUAGAAAUCCGUCUGAUUUGGACUGGUCUGAAAAAAGUGAAAUUCUUAGAAGAAAUCCAGUCACAGUUGCCAGAAUGUUUGAGCACAGAUUCCAUGCUUUUCAAAGAGAAGUCAUUCUAGCACCAGCUAACCCAUUAGGUAAGGUUGUAGACUACUUUGUAAGAGUUGAAUUUCAACAAAGGGGUUCUCCUCAUAUGCAUUGUUUGUACUGGGUCGAAGAUGCACCAAAAUUUGGGGAAGAUAGUGAAGAACGUGUAUGUCAAUUUAUUGACAAGUAUGUGACAUGUUCCUUACCAUCCGAGGUUGAUGACCAAGAACUAAGGCAGUCUGUGUUAAGUGUUCAGCAACAUAGCAAAAACCAUUCUAAAUCAUGUCGAAAAAAGGGAACAGAAUGCAGGUUCAACUUUCCAAGACCACCAUCAGAAAGAACUUUCAUUGCUGAACGAUUUGAAGAAGAUGCAGAGAGUCUUAACACCGAUCUGCAAAGGGACACAUCAAAAGCUAAGGAUACUUUACUUACGGUGUGGAAUAAAGUUCUUGAUGAUAAUAGUGAAUAUCAAACAACUGAGGAGAUAUUCAGAGAUAUAUCUCUAUCGCAGGAAGAUUACGAGAUCGCACAUAGAGCACUUACGUCAAAAACAACAACUAUUUUGAAACGUAACCCAGAAGAAAUGUGGACAAACCAAUACAACGAAUGUCUCCUUAAAUGCUGGGAUGCCAACAUGGACAUUCAGUUUGUUCUUGAUCCAUUUAGUUGCAUUGUGUACAUUAUGUCUUACAUCUCAAAAUCAGAACGAGAAAUGGGCAUGUUAUUAAAACAAACAAAACUUGAGGCAACUGAAGGGAAUCUUAGUGCAAAGCAAACAAUAAAAAAAGUAGGAUCGGCUUAUUUGAACCACAGAGAAGUCAGCGCACAAGAGGCUGUAUACAGAGUAUGCAAUUUGAAAAUGAAAGAGUGCUCAAGAAAAGUUGUAUUUAUACCUGUGGGAGAAAACCCAACACGCUUAAGCAAACCUCUUUCACAGCUGAAAAGAAAAGGGAAAUCACAGUCAGACGACUUCGAUGAGGAUGAAGAUGAGGAAGACAUUUGGAUGACGAAUAUUGUAGAAAGAUAUGAAAAUCGCCCACAGACUGACUAUUUCAAUCAAAUGUGUCUUGCAGAGUUUUGCUCGGAGUUCAGGGUACUUGCAAAAUCUCAAAUUCCACAGGCUAAAAAGGAAGGAGUAUACGAAUUGCGAAAUGGAAAAGGUUACAUCCAGAAAAGAACGAGAGGUAAACCAGCUGUCAUAAGAUACCCAAGAUUCAAUGCUGAAAGUGCCUCAGAAAAGUAUUUUCAAUCUAUACUUCAGCUUUAUCUGCCGUACACGAGUCAAAGUCAGCUGAAACCACCAGGGUUUGAUCUAUAUGAGUCAUUCUAUAGCAAUGGGUUUGUCAGAAUAGGUAGCGAUUUGCAAGCAGUGAAGGAUGUGGUCAACGACCAUCGAAAUCAGUUUUCUAAAAACGAGCAGGCAAUUGAAAAUGCCGAAGAAAUGUUUGAAAUGAUUGGCGAGCCUGAAGAUGCGUGGGCAAAUCUUUGUCCAGAAACUGAAAUGAAGCGGGAAGAGUGUUUAAUUCAGAGAUCAAAAUUGGGCUCAGAAAACGAUAUGAAUAAGGAAGAAACUAAAGAAAUUGAAAGUGAAGAUCCUUCAGAUUUUAUAUAUCACAUCAGGGAAGCUUCGAACUCAAGACAAGAGAUGCUACCAUUGCUGCAAAGCUUAAAUGAUAAACAGAAAGAGGUAUUUUAUUCAGUGCGCGAAUGGUGUCUGAAAAAAAUAUGUCAAGAAAAAGCAGAACCAUUUUAUAUUUUCAUAACAGGUGGAGCAGGAACAGGGAAAAGUCACUUGAUCAAAGCAGUUCAUUAUGAAGCCUCAAGGCUUUUGGGAAAGACAUUGCCCAUACCAAAUGCUUUAUCUAUUCUUCUUACUGCUUUCACUGGAACGGCUGCCUUUAACAUUGGAGGAAGCACAAUUCACCAUGUUUUCGCGUUGACAAAAGCACUACCUAUUCCAUAUGAACCCCUAAAGGAACAAACGUUAAAUGCAAUAAGGUCCAAAUUAGAUAAUGUGCAAAUCUUGAUCAUAGAUGAAGUAUCCAUGGUCUAUAAACGUCUAUUGUAUUACGUACAUGAACGACUCGUCCAAAUCAAAAAAUGCAAACAACCAUUUGGUGGUAUUUCGGUCAUUGCUGUAGGUGAUUUCUACCAACUUCCCCCAGUUAAGCAACGAAAAGACGAGAGAUUGUAUCAGACAAAUGAAACAUACCCUGUUGACUAUUGGUUAGACUUCUUCAAAAUCAUUGAGCUGGACGAAAUAAUGCGUCAGAAAGAGGAUGCUGUAUUUGCUGCUGUUUUGAAUUCUCUACGUGUUAGAACAUCUAAAGAGGAAAUAUCGAACGAAGCUUUGACUGUUCUGAGAGAUUGUAUAAGAGAAGGCCCGGAUGACGUGUUGCAUGUUUAUUCUACAAACGAAGAGGCAAAUGUUUUCAAUCUCGAAAAGUUGCAAUCGUGUUGUGUAGAUUUGAUAGAGGUAAAUGCAGAGGAUUACCAGAAAGACAACACAACAGGAAGGUUAAAAUUACGUGACAAACCAUUGAUCAGAACCAAAACCGAUGGACUCUUAUCUACACUGCUUUUAGCUGUGAAUGCAAGGGUUAUGCUUACAAGAAAUGUUAAUGUCGAGGAUGGACUUGUAAAUGGUGCGAUGGGCUAUAUUUCGCAUUUCGAGUUUGGUGAAGAUCAUCAGAGAAAAUGCAUUAAAGGAAUUGGUGUGAUUUUUGACAGUAAAGAAGUUGGGAAACUUCAUGGAAAAGCUACCUCAUAUGGAAAUCAGAUUGUGAUUCAAAGAAUUCAGGAAGAUGUAAAUGAAAAGAAUAGCAAAAAUGUAGUUCGACACCAAUUUCCCUUAAAACUGUCUUGGGCGUGCACAGCACACAAAGUGCAAGGAAUGACUACUGACAGGGUAGUAGUGAACUUAGAUCGGACUUUUGCUGCUGGUCAGGCAUAUGUAGCCAUUAGCAGAGUGACAUCAAAGGAUGGGUUAUACAUAGAGACCGCAGAUGAAAAUAUAUUUAAGAAGAAAAUUUACGCUGAUCCAGAUGUUAAAGCAUCAAUGAACGUCAUGCAAAGAUUCGUCCAAGACGGAAUGGGUGAAAAUCGACCAAUCCAGGAUGAACAAUUCAAAACGGUCCUUCUGCUUAAUGUACAAAGUCUAAGGGCACACAUACAGGACUUAAAAUCAGACAACAGACUUUGGAAAGUAGAUAUUAUUUGUUUAACAGAGACGUGGCUGAAAGACCAGGAUGAUUUUGCAGACUUUGAAAUUCCGGGUUUCACCUUUUAUGGCAUUUCAAGAGAAAUGUGCUAUGAUGUUUCUUCAAACAUUUUUCGAAAAUUAAGCCAAGCUAGAGGCGGUGGAAUAGGUGUGUUCUAUAGGAAAAAAGAAAAUGUUCGAGUUCACGAACUUCCCCUAAAGAAUAUUGAGGGUAUGGCGUUGCAGCUUUGCAACCAGAACAUCAUUCUGAUUGUUAUUUACCGACCAGGCAUCAUUAAUACUGCUGGUUUUUUAGAAAUUAUUCAGAAUGUUGUAAAUGUGUUCCAAGAACAAGAAUAUCAGUGCGUUAUACUUGGAGAUUUCAACGAAGAUGCCAGAUCAAAGGGGCCAAUUGCGUGUUUUCUUCAGUCAAAAGGAUUUGAACAAAGAGUUAACUUUUCAACAACAGAAGGAGGGACUAUCCUUGAUCACAUUUACAUUACUGAAAGAAUGUCCGUUAAGGUUGAGAAAGUCCCUGUCUACUUCAGUUAUCAUGAUGCUAUCAAGGUAUACCUUAUUAUUUAA